CCCGGCCCUCCCAAGGCGGUCGAGCCCAACCCGUCUGGAGGACCGGCGUCACGGACUCGUUCAAAGACUCCAUUUGCAUGAUCCCGCACAUUGCACACUCCCACACCAUCAUGGACUGUCGCGCUCACGCGUGAUGGCGGACAGGCGGCGGCGGACUGGCGCCUCUCAGGACAGCGACGAGGAGGAGGACGAGGAGGAGAGCGACCUCUCCCCGGGACGCGGGCCCGAGAAGGCGGCCGCCAUCCCCGCGCGGGCCGCGGAGUCCGAAUGCGAAAGUGAAGGUGUCCCUGAGAGAGAUGGUGUAGUGCUUUCUGGGUACGAGAGCGCGGAUGACAACUACUCGCACUACUCGGAGGAUGAAAAGGAAGAGGAGGAGGGCUCGUGCUCCGUGACAGACGACGAAGCAGCUGAAGAGGGCUCCUCUGUGCCCCGCGCUGUCACUGGCGUCGUCGCCGGAGAGAAGAUAGCGAGCACCCCCGCGGACAAGCGGCCGGAGCGGCCGCACCGAGUACGCAAACCUUCGCACGCCUCUCAGGAGGCCCCGGAGGAUGACGCCCCGCCCACCAUCGCAGGCGGCAAGAAUUCCAAGCGGGACGAGGAGGAGGAAGACCAAAAGAACCCGGCGUUUGUGCCGCGGAAAGGGCUCUUCUUCGAACACGACAUUCGAGGAGGCAACAACAAGGAGGAUGCCAGGGCCAAGGUGCACAACCGCAAGCUGUGGCGGGACGCGGGCCGCUGGGAGCACGAUCGCUUCCGCGAGGACGAGCAGGCACCCAAGUCGCGCGAGGAGCUCGUGGCGCUGUACGGCUACGACAUCCGCUCGGGCGCUCACGCCGAUGACGCCCGGCCUCUCCGCCGGCCCAGAUACCGCAGCCCCAGCGAUCGAUGGAGCCGGGAGAGUCCCCCCGUGAACCGCGGGCCUUACCAGGCCCCUAAGCGGGAGCCCGUCGAGCGGCCGGCACGUCUGCGCGACGAGGACAAGGACACGGAGCGGAGGCCGGCGCCGCGGAGGCCGGGCCCAACCACCGCCGGUCCCGCGGCACUGCCCGGCAGGCCCCGCGCCUACGUGGAGCAGCGCGCCUACGUGGAGCAGCGCGCCUACACGGAGCCGCGCGCCCGCGCCUACACACAGGGAGACUCGAGCAGGGAUCAGCCCCCGGGGACGCCGGCGGCGCGGGACGGCACUCGGUCGUCCCCGCAGCGUAACCAGCAGCGGCACCAGCAGCACAACGGGAACACGGAGGAGGAGGGCGAGAAGCGGGCGGAGAUUUUGUCCGCGGGCACGGAGGCGGAGGUAGGAGCGAGGUGCGCUUUUGCUGCUACCGCCGCAGCGACCGUGGCGCCGGGAACCGGGGACGCGCCGUUCGCGGUGGACCUGGCUCAGGACAAGGCGCCGGAGCGGAAGUCGUACUCGCGCGUGCGCCGCUUGCGCAACAAACCCACAGAGCUGCCGGGACAGGCGUCCACGACGGACCCCAUCUCGCCGGCGCCGCUUUCGGCGCUGGCACCGAGCACAGUCCCCCUCGUUGCGCUGCCCGAGACGCAGGCGGCCACCGCGCUACCGCAUCAGCACAAUCCGCAGCAGCUUCAGCAUCAGCAACCGCUGGCGCCACCCCUAAAGCCGCUCGGUGAGCGCACGAGACCGAUCGCCGCGCUGCUGCCGCAGCCAUUGUGGGACGUGCCCGUGUUGGAGCCUUCGCCCGUGGGUCGUCUGGAGCACGGCAUGGCGCAGAUCAGCCUCGGCCAGACCUGGAACCCCGGGGCACAGCCGCACUACCUUCCCACGCAGCGCGAGCACAGAGGUGGUGCCACGCAUCUCCCUGUCAAUUCAGUGCCUCCACCGUUCAACCGAAUCGAGGAUCUGGGCGGCCAGGCCGGCCGGGCAAAGCGCUACUCGUCUCAGCGCAGUCGGCCGGUUCCUGAGCCGCACCCCACCCCCCCCAUGCACAUUCCGCUCAUCGAGGGCUCCUACUACGAUCCAAACACGGCAUACCAGGCUCCGCUGUACGGGCACGGUGGGGACAGCCCGGCUGCCAUCCCUCCCCAGGGCAUGAUGGUGCAGCCCGACCUGAACCUCCCACACCCUGGGCUGCACCCGCACCAGUCGCCCACCCACAUGUACGCGCCGCCCGUCUCCAUGGCGACGGGCCAGCCACCACCGCCGGCCCAGAUGCUCGGUUACUUCCCCAGCAACAUCAUGUACCCGGGGGCGGCGUUGCCCAACCCCGGCUACACCUACACGCCUGCCCCCAUACCGCCGCCUCCGCCGCCGCCCGCACACAUCUUCCCUCCACCGCAGGCGCAAUCUCAGGUUUAUGGCGGAGUGACGUACUACAAUACGGCGCAGCAGCAGGCGCAGCCCAAGCCGUCGCCGCCUCGCCGACCCUCCCAGCCCGUCUCUGUGAAGCCCCCGCCUGAGGUGAGCAGGAAGGACAGGCUGAAAGAAAGGAGUAACGUGUGAACUUGCCGCAUGGUGGGAGAGGCUGGCGGUGCCCAGUCUCACGGAGCCCUCGAGGCGCAACUGAGGUGACGGCGGUGAUGGUGGCAACGGUGGCGGCUGCGGCAGUUGGAGCGCGCAAGCUGCAUCCGAGACCCGGGCUCGGCGAUGGGAGGAGCGAGGGAGCGAGUGGGGGAGGGGGACUGGGGAUUGGAGCGGGGCGGUGAGGAGUGGCUGUGGUGCUUCGACGGCAGAAGUCGCCCCACGGUGCGUGCGCGAGUGUCGACGUGAGGGGUCCCAUCCACCGCUGGCGCCUGCGGGGCAGGGGGGGGGUGCGCCGGGUUGCUGUCAAGAGCUGUGCCGGAGAAUGCCCACAAACUUUGACGAGCGGCUGGCCCUUUUUGUCUGGUACACAAAGCGUAUGUGCAGUCGUGCAUGCAUGCACGUAUAUUCACUCGCACACGUAUAUUCACCCGCACGUACAUGAGCACACGCGCGCUACCAGUGUACGCGGUGCUUGCGUACGCACUCGACAUGCGGACAUGCACACAAACCUUUGAUUACUUGAAGUGAAGUUAUAAACGGUGCAACUUACUUGGGAUUAGCUUUAUUCUGGCUUAUUAGUUUUUGCGUUGUUGGUCGGCGGUUACGACGCAGAUGUACUUGGUCGCGUGGGGCCGUGUCGAACAACGUUCGUCCCACUUCGUUUUCACUCGUGCUCUGAUGCGAUGGAUCGAGUCACGGGGGGUUGUCGUGGUAAUCUGAAAGCUAAAAAGUGAACGUGGCAAGUCUCUCGUCUGAGUUGCUUCACGUGUAUUUUCUCAUUUUUAAUUUCUCAAAAAUUCUUUAUACAUUUUUCUCUCAAGUCCUGAGCAGGCACUUUGCCAUGCCCUUCUAUAUUCUUUUCCAUGUUCAAGUGAUCUCCUUGAGCUGGGUCAUCCAGGAAAGAAGGGCAGGCAGGGUGGUGGUGUCUGCCGUUAGGCCUUCUUCCCCGAGUUGCUGCUGCAUUAAUGGUCACAGAUAUGGGCUGUGACUGACCCGGUUAUUAGCAACUAUGUUGCAAAUUUAAAUCGACAGUUUUCACUUCCAUAUCGGAGUGUUUCACAACGUCGACCUAUGCCCAGGAAUGUUGUACCGCUUCAUCUUCGCUUUAGGUUAAUAUUAUUAAACAUGACAAACACAGAUACUCAACAUAACAUUGUUUUAGUAUUGCCUACCUACAUUGGACACUUUCAUACACACAUACAUGCGUUGCAUAUUACACGAAUUAUUAAUUAAUGCGGGUCCACGCUUGUUCGAAGUGGUCGACUUCAGGAAGCGUGUCCCACGUCACUUCACUGGUCAGCAGUUUAAAAUAUUCAAGUGAAAAUAUUUCCCAAGGUGAAUCUCAAGUCAAACGGUGAUACUACCCCGCAUUCAUGUUGCUGAGCCAAAUUUGUGUUUUUAUUCGUCCGCAUUACUCGCAAAUAGUUUUUUGUGGCAUUUCAGAAUCUUUUAAAAUGUCGUUCUAUGAUAUCAACUGAGCUGCAGUUGGCUGGACGACGUCAAAAUUCAUCAUGGGAAUGAGAACACAAUGCAAGGCUGAAUGUUUUGAGUUUUGACGGCAUAGGUGUUAAUAAGAAUUCCAGAGUAAUCCGUCUUGAUAAGGGUAAAUAUCACUCCCCUUCAUGAUUGGUGAACAAGACCCGAAGCAGGCACCAGUUCCUGGAUCUCUCCCUGGGGUCGUGUGAGCGCUCGGGACCGAGCAGCCAAACCAGGGGGGGGGGGGGGAGGCCCACGGUGUUGGGGGUGGGGGGUCUCGCGCCUUCCAAUGCUCGCGCUGAUUGCAAUCGGCAGUCGCGUUUGCAACUUGUUUUUCACGGAACAAAUCGACAAAAGUUGCGGCAUUUAAACACACGGUGUUUGUGCCCGAUUUGAAGAUGGCGGCAAUUUUUUUUAUUUUGGGAAAGUUGCAUCUGUUGAAACUUGAGGCUUAUACACCACUGCCCUCUGUGCAGGUCUAAACUUUGUCAAGAAAUCAUCCUUUCACUGGUCCACCAUUGUUGGUUGCUUAUCUAAUGACCCGUGAUUUUAUUGUUGCCACGUAAUUCUACUGACAACCGUUAGUAUUGAAUAAUUGAAAAAGGCAAAGUGUAAUUGUUUAUUUUCUACCUGAAAAAAUAAAAAGUAAAAAAAAUUGUCAUGUUACUGCAAGGAACGUUGUUUUUGUUUAUGCAAUAUAUAUAAAUUGUAAUGGUAUGCCUUAACUGUAUGUGUGUGUGUGUGUAUAUGUUGCAUAUCAAAAAGUGUGUGCGUCUUGCGCUGCUGAACACUGGUUUCUCCACAAGCAUGAUUCGUCCCUCGACGACAUUGGGUAAAUUUCACGAUGACACGAUCGGGGAUGGCUCUGCUGCUCUGCGCUCUGUCCACAGCGCUCACAUACCGGACUCUGACUUGGCCUCCGUACUGUGCAUGAGUUGUGGAGUACUCGAGAAUGACGUUCUCCUCAGCAACGACUUCAUUACCGAACGUAGUUUCUCGGUUAUGGUCUCGUGUGUGUACAGAGCGCCGCCUUUCGGUUUGUGUGGAUGGCAUUUUCUGGGGGGUUAUUUAAGUUUUUUUUAUUAUGUUUGCGCUCUCCCCCCUUUUGCGUGCUGGGGCCCAGCGGCCCCGACAGUAGACGCAGGGAUUUCAGUGGCUCACGUGUUAAAGCAAAUCACCCUUUGAGGGGCGUCCGCGUUCCCACUGUUGGGUUUUUUUCAUCGUUGUGCUUUUCAAGUCUGCGUUUCCAUCGAACCAUGUCGGUAAACGUGCGUGCGCGGUUUGCUCGUGCAGCCUCGACAAGAUCAAAGCGCCCGUAGGCUUGUUGCAGUAUUACCGCUGUUCACAACCCCCGUCCCAUGCUUGUGUAAUAACUAGGUCUUACAACGUAACGCUGUUUCCGUGCAGCACUUGGGCUCACUUCACCGCAUGUGUCACACUUCAAUUUGGCUUAUCGCACGCACGAGCGUUUCGUCGUCGCUUUUCCGUGCACGCGCGAAGGUAUUCGUCGCCACGGUUUGUGUCGCGGUAACUGCCGCGCGUAAAAGGAGGCUCUUGUCCACGUCUCUUGAGUUCACCUCCGUCCCUUCCUGACAGUCGACUACACCACUUAUAUGAUAGAGGCUCUUUGUUGAUAUUAUAUUAAGUAUAAUAUUAAAAUCUAUUGGCACCCUAUUCAUUUUAAUUUACUAUUUCAUAUUACCAGGUAAAGGCCCACUGAGCUGUCCCUUUUUCAGAUGUGACCUGGCGAUCACAAAUGUAUAGCCGAACAAAGUGGCUUGUCAUCAUGACGUGGAAAGUUACAGCAGCCAAACACUCUAAACGCGUGAUGAUGUUGAUUCGAAAUGUGGAGGGAAAAACCAUGGGGAGAGACGCGCAGACUCCAAAUAUACAACAGGCGUCAGGGUCGGGAUUGAACCCUCGACCUCCUGCAUACCAGGCGAGGUAGUUAAAUCGUUUGCGCAAUUUACUCCGCUAAGGAACUACACAUGCAACUUUUUAUAUAUAUGCUUCGAACAAUGACAUUGGCGUUCACGUGGCAAAGUUGACAUGGCGUUAAGCCGUCGGUGCGUGUGAAAUGGACCCAGUGGUGUAGGCAUCAGACUUUUUUUAAGGUUUCAACUUUCCUCUAAAAACAGAAUUGUAUGGUGCCCCCCCCAAUUCUAGUGAACAGCUGCUGAUUCGACUUCGCCGAUUUGCCACUUUGAUAGCGAAGUCUUUUACGCUUCAAUAAACACCCCUGUGUUAUUGAGACGGCACAAGAAGAAAAAGCCUACGUUGUGCAGAAACGCCUGAACGGCUUCGGUGGUUAGGUUGAUAUCGUCACGGAACACCGCAGUUCCUCUUGUUCACGUGAUGAGGAAUCUCACCGCGUGUGUAGGAGCACUUGCCUAAUUAAUAUCCAAUACGCCUUUACUGUAAUUAACUUCAUUUUAGGGGAAACUCCGUGUGUUGUGAACCUGUGUGUUUUCUAUGUGCACGAGAAGGCCGCAUGCGAACUCGGCAACAAUAACAUCAUCUUCAGUGUGCCUGGGAUUUUAUGACCCUCGUUGACAGCAGUGUGUGUAUAGUAAGCAUUAAACAUGUACACACAUACAGGUUGUGGGGCUUCAGCAUCAAUAGGUCGCAGACCCCUAAAUGAUGACACAAUGCAAGUGCGGGACGGUGGCACAGUCAAGUAUAUAUGCAUGAGUGUGUUAGAUACGUAUACAUUGUACAAGGUGGAUGGUGAAAUGUUUAAGACAUCGUCCGUCCUGGUCCAUUUCCCUGCGUUAGUUUCCAUCGCUAUCGCAAUACUGUAGUCGCGUUAGCGCGCGUUUAUUUCGAUGCCCUAUUCUAGAAACGUUUUAGCAACCGCCGUGUCCACAAUUAGACCAAGACAAAAAGAGAUGCCCUCUUCAGUAAGGAAAGUCGAUGGGUUUUUUCUCAAGCAGUAUUCCGUGUGUGCGCAAGAGGGGAAGCGAGAGGAGUAAAUUGAUAUGAAUACAUUCCUUCGUUUGGUGCCAGGUUUUUAUAUUAAUUCCGGUAAGGCCUCCUCCCUACCAGGCUCUGGAUAGGAGGGCUGCUAUUACUGAGUCACGCUCCUCGCCCUCUGGGCUGCUGUGGGUCUCUCGAGCUGGACGAGUGACAUCCUCCGACGUGUUGCGAACUGCAGCAGGGCUUUGUGGCGUGCCCAAUUUACCUGCUAUUGGAUGCAAUGUCCACAUAGGAUCCUUAAUUAAUGUAGGGGGUGACAACCACUGAGCAGACGCGGUCUCGAGGUCGGGCGGUCCUGCGAAGGUUGCCGGUGUAAAGCAGCAAAUCUGUUGCUUGGCGCGACAGGUUGACAUUCAGGGUGUUGUGCACUGCAAAUUCUAUUGUCAAGUUGCAAAAUCGCAAUUUAUUUGUUCCCUUGAGCCAGAGCCGGUGCGUAUAUUGUCCGGCAAGAACAGAAAUGUUGAUUAUUUCCAAAUCGAUGUUGGAUUCCGGGAGGCCUCGCAAAGCCAUGCACAAUUGGAACGCCGUGCUUGCAAAUUAUCACAACAGACGCGCGGGGCGUUGUUGUGGUCCGCAGGUUCGGGCUCAGGUCCCACCUCCCAAAUUAUGCGCACAAGUUCCCAAACAUCCGUUGUUGGGUAAAUUGGGCCCGAGGUGGCAUCACCACGGGUCCCAUAGCCCCCCCGCUGGGCGCUUUGCUGAACGAGCCCGGCGUAUCGUCUUGGGAAGGGAAGCAGCAGUGGCGUAAAUUGAAAGUGCAUGGGGGAAAUGUCACAAUUAUGGAGCGUUCUGAAAUUCGUACGGGCAAUUGAAUGCACCUGCAGGGAAUGGAAACUGUAUUCUUUCCUGGCCGCUAGCUAUAAUUAUAAAUAUUAUUUGGGUAUUUCGAUAAAGCCACGUAGAUAGAAAAAAAAUAUAAUAAUUGUAUCACGACGUUUUGAUUGCAACACAAGCAAUCGUCUUCAGGUGAAAAAAGAGCUUUUUUCAUCUGAAGACCCAAAGGAAUAUGAAUUCCUGCAGUCACGAAAGCUUUAAGUCAAUAUAUGAUACACUUCGUGCACAGGUGCGUAUACAGAAAACAGUAGAUUGGUCAGGAACAGGCUGCGUAUUGUUUGCUGCGAUUACUCAUCAAGCUUCAAAUCAAGAUUGAUUACUCUGUUCUAUAUCAGAGCUCAAUCCCCUCCCCCCACGCAGCUUUCAUGCUGACGAUGUUGAUGCCUCGAUGUUGGUCUUGGUCUGUUGAUGUAAACGUGUUUGGGCACCGGUUACACUGCGGGGGAAACGUGACGGAGUUGAAAAGUCAAUUACAACGAACUGCACACGUGGUGCUCAACAUAGAAUCUUGACAGCCUAGAGACUGCGGGUUCUAAAGACGACAAGUAUGAGAGACGACCUGUUAUAUACUGUAUGUUGAACUUCUUUCGCGCCGUACGUAGUCAACCGUGCUAAUCUGAGGUGCCGGGAGGGUGGGGGAAGGACAUAAAUUUAAACACAAAAACACCGCGAGACCUACAACUCUUUCAAAGAGGUGUCCGAUGUGAUUGCUCCACAGCGGUUGAGCUUGCUGCUGUGCAUGUGGGUCGUACACACAAACACACUGGGUGAGCACGCACGCUACCCCACGUGGCCCCUGUGGUGUGGCGGCAGUGGCUGCGGCGUUGCCGAUUUGCGAAUCUCCUAGAGGGGGGCGAUCCGAAUUGGUUGGCUUGUGCUUGGCUGUUAAUGUGGCAGAUGUGAAAUGCAAAGCUGUUCGCAGGAAUGAUGUUUUUUUGUAUUUGACAAAAGUCGCGGGCUUAAAUUGGUAAAUGAAUAAACAGGUUUGCCGUAA